AGACCCCUUUUCUUCUACCAAAGGGAACGUUGGAAAAGUUUCUUGUACUGCUUUCCCAUCUCCAAAUUCUCCUCAUUCCCAUUGCCAACCCCAUUCAUAUUCCUCCUCAGCAUCUCCCGUCUGCAAUCCUUCAUUUCAACGGGUAGCUGGUCGCGAGAAAAUGGCUAAAGAAUCGAAGAAUGAUGCUGGGGAGGAUGUCACAUCUACUGAUACCAAGAUUAAGAAGGAAACCAAGAAGAAAGGAGUUCUAUCAAGGUUAUGGAAUGCACUAUUUAGAACACGGGGCGAUGAUUUUGAAAAAAGAUUAGAACAUAUAUCCAAGGAAGAAGCUGCUAUUCUUUCCAGAAUUGCAAGGCGUGCAUAUAGUUCCCAAAGAAGGACACGGAACCUUAUCAUAUUCUCUCUUCUUUCUGAGGUAAGUGCUAUAGGUUAUGCUAUCAUGAGCACAAGAUCUUUAGACUUGGACUGGAAAACAAGAGCAAUGCGAGUCUUACCUAUGUUUCUGCUGCCGGCGUUGUGUGUCUUUGUUUACUCAGCACUUAAAAGCUUCACAAAAUUGCGUGACCAGAAAGACUACAAGACUUUGGAAAAGCUUAAGGCUGAGCGGCAAGCAAAAAUCGAUGAAUUAAAAGAGAGGACGAAUUACUACAUUACUCAACAGCUAAUACAGAGGUACGACCCUGAUCCAGCUGCCAAGGCCGCAGCUGCCACAGUUCUUGCAUCGAAGCUUGGUUCUGAUUCUGGCCUAAAAGUACACCUUGGAGACUACACCAAUCUCAAUGCACCCACUGGAAAGAGCAGUUCCGUGGAACUUUCAAGCACCAGCGAGCUACGUAAUAGGAAGCAAUCCCAUCGUAAAACCAGUACCAAUGAAAGUGGAUUGAUUACAGAACACGAAGAAACAAUGCCUGCUGAGGCAGAGUCUGAGUUUGCUGAAACCUCUUAUCAACAGCAGUUGGUUGUCGAACAUCACCCUCAAACGAGCGCGAGCUUAAAUGAUGGUGGAUGGAUCGCUCGUCUGGCUGCUAUGCUCGUGGGAGAGGACCCCACCCAGUCGUACGCGCUUAUUUGUGGCAACUGCCGAAUGCAUAAUGGGCUUGUGAGGAAAGAGGACUUCCCUUAUGUCACGUAUUACUGCCCUCAUUGCAAAGCCUUGAAUAGGCCAAAACAGCCACCGGAUAAUCAUGUUGACGAUAAAGAAGUAGCCCCAAGUCUGGUUGGCUUUGGCGAUAAUGCAGUAGUUUCUUCUGGUGGUUCGACAGUUGGUGAUAAGGGUGAUAGCACUGUGGCUGCUACUUCAGGUGUUUCUGAAAAUUAGAACAAAAAAAAGGGAAAGGACUAUUAUUGUGUGCAUGGAUUCAAAACGAUCGAUCAAAUGACUUGUGAUUGUGAGAGCUUCUGAAGGUACGCUUUGAUGGAAAAACACUGUAAACACUACAUUUGCGAAGAAAUUGAUUAUAUAUAUAUAUAUUCACAUGGUCAA